AUGCGCGCCCCCACGGUGCUCCUAGCCCUGCUAGGGUUUCUGCCCCAGGUGCUGUCAUCUGGUUCUUUCGAGCUUAGGAUAAAAAGUUUCACGAACUCAUUGGGUAGAUUAAGUAGUGGCCAGUGCUGUGAUGGUUCCUCAAAUAGUGAUGCGCCUUGUUUGGCGCCGUGCAGGACUAAAUUUCGUGUGUGCCUCAAGAUAUAUCAAGCUAAUAUCGAUACGACAUCACCGUGUACUUUCGGUGACAUCACUACACCUGUUUUGGGUGGGAACUCUUUGGAUGUUCCCAACCUUAACGUACAAGGGUUCAGCAAUCCCAUCGUGUUCCCUUUUGACUUCACGUGGCCGGGCACCUUCUCGCUCAUAGUCGAAGCGUGGCACGACACAAACGAGACUUCAAGAUCUGAUGAUACGCUUAUCGCGCGGAUGACGAAACAGAGUAUAGCUGAUGUCGGUGGCCCCUGGAGCGAGGAAGAACAAAGGUGGGGUGGUGCUGGGGGCGCUCACUUAAGGCUGUCUUACCGGGUGACCUGUGCCGCGCAUUACUACGGGCCUGGCUGUGAAGUUCUUUGUCGGCCGAGAGAUGAUGGCUUCGGGCAUUACACCUGCUCACCAACGGGAGAGAUAGUUUGCAGGCCAGGAUGGACUGGAGACUAUUGCUCGAAACCGAGAUGCUUGCCCGGCUGCGACGCGGAGCAUGGCCACUGCCUCAAGCCUGACGAAUGCAUUUGUCAUUCGGGCUGGGUGGGCGAAUUCUGCGAUCAGUGCGAGCGACAUCCCGGAUGCGUGCACGGCACCUGCUCCAAGCCCUGGGACUGCAUCUGUGAGGAGGGUUGGGGCGGGCUCUUCUGCAAUCAAGACCUUAACUAUUGUACGAAUCACCGGCCCUGCAGAAAUGGAGGAACAUGCCACAACACAGGACAAGGCAGCUACACUUGUGUUUGUCCACCUGAAUAUACAGGAUCUGAUUGCGAGAAGUCUUUACAUUCUUGCGCGGUGAGAUCCUGCCUCAACGGAGGGGCAUGUGUGCCCGAUGAGGGAGGAGAACUGUCUUGCGCUUGCCCGUCUGGUUACGAAGGAGCGCGCUGUGAAACGAGAAGACUGACCUGUGCCGACCAACCUUGCCGAAACGGUGGAACCUGUGAGCUGCGGCCUUCUGGGUACGUUUGCCAAUGUCCAUCUGGAUACACGGGCCUCGAUUGUGGCGUAGAAGCCGAUCCAUGUGCCGCCAACCCCUGUCGAAACGGUGCGACGUGUAAUCGAGCUGGAGAUGGGUUCCGGUGCUCGUGUAAACCCGGAUUCAGAGGAAACAGAUGCGAAAUAGAUAUAGACGACUGUACCGGAAUCAUCUGCGAACACGGCGGCACUUGUGUGGAUUUAGUCAACGGGCAAAGAUGUCAGUGUGCACCAGGUUUCUUAGGACCUAGAUGUGAGACUCGAGUGGACUUUUGCCUCGCGAAACCCUGCGCCAACGGCGGCGAAUGUCUCGUGCUCGAUAACGAUUAUGAAUGCCGAUGUCGUCCCGGCUUUGCCGGAAAAGACUGUAGCAUAGACAUAGAUGAGUGCGCUUCUUCCCCAUGCAGAAAUGGUGGUACCUGUCGUGACAGAGUAGAUGGCUACCACUGCAACUGCCCGCCUGGGUGGGGCGGGAAAUCUUGCACUGUGUCACUGGCGGACUUUGCAGCCAAACCGGCCGGGGGUCACUUAAGAAGAGUGGGUGACGAAACUUUAGAGGAAGAAACUCUGUCUGGGAGUCACGUGGCGUUGAUAGCGGCGCUGUCAGCAGCAGUGCCGGCAGCGGCUUUAGCCGCGGCUAUCGCAGUAGCGUGUAUCAGGAGACGGAGAAAACGCGCACAAAACGCGGCCGACGCAGAGGCGCGAGCCCAAAAUACGGCGAACGCUGGUAACGGCGGUCGCGUUAUUAGAAAUACAUGGGGGAAAUGUGAGGGGCCAGUACCUGAGUGCCAGAAUGCGCACAACGCUGCGGCGGAAGAGUGCAAGAGGAAGACACUCAACACGGAGAGCGCAGCGCGGCUGUUAGCCGCACUUGACCCGCGACUCUCGCGGCUCUCCGCCGACUCGGCGUAUUGCGCUAAUAGCGAUACGUCUCUGGUGAAGCGCGCGCUGGAAGGCGGAGGGGUGUACGUCCUGGACGAACACUGUCUGCCGCCGACGUUCGCGACGCAAGUGUAG